UUUUUAGGCCGAUUACAGGCGUAAAAUACGGAGCCCACUUCUUUUCCCGUGCAACCCACAAAACGCACUUGGUUCGUCUCUUUGGUAUUCUUUCCCCUCGUUUCCAAUCCAUUAUGGGCGGAUAAUCUCACAGAGGUCACGAGGUCUGUUUUAAAAAACCUCUAAUGCAAAUCCAUAGCGAGACAGAUCGAGCGCCUGUAGCGACGGGAUCGAGGGAGGUGGAUCCGGCGGCGAAGGUGCCAUCCAUCGCGGAGGCACCUGCGACCACAGGAGGUGGUGGAGGUGGCGUAGUGACAGGCUCUAACGUUGACGGUGGCGUCUGGCGGAGGCGGUGAUGGGAUCGAGCGGAGGCGGCGAUUACGGGAUCUAGACGGUGGCAUCUGGCAGCCACGGCGGCGGCGAUGCGGCAGCGGCAUCAAGCGUAGGCGGCGCGGUGCGGCAGCGGUGGGGGGAUCGGAGGAGGCGGCGGCGGCGACCGCCGAACUCCCAUGCUUCUUUGAUUUGAUCGAAUUUCUGGGUGGUGAUCUGAUUUGGAUUUUUCAAUUUUGAUAUGAUGAUUUGAUCCAAUUUUUUUGGUGGUGCUCAAUUCUUGGAUUUUUAGUGAAUAUCAAACGGAAACCAGCCGCAUCUUCUUCUCCCAAUCACUGUAAACACAGGGGGAUUUUGAUUCGUCAGUAAUUUUGAUACUCGAUAAAAUACACUUAUACUUCCUCCGUUCGGAAGUAAGUGUUUGCGGGUGUUGAAUUUUAUGCUAAAAUAACGGCAAGUAUUUAGAAACGGAGGAAGCCAAGUGUUUGAGGUGUUGAAUUUUACAUUGUUUCCGAGCGGGGCCUACAGACACCUCUCUUUCUCUAAUUUUACUUCCCAAUUCUACCAGACACCUCUCCCCCACCUAAAACUCCCGAAAACCUAAACGACGACGCGCACCACCAGCAAUGAAUCCUGGCUCCCGCAAGCGCGGCCCACCGCCGCCGGAGCCCGUGACACUCCUGCUGCCGGGCUUCGUGGCGGACCGGUCGGAGGCGGCGGCCCGCGUCGAGCGGCUUCUUUGCUACCAGUUCCACGACCGCGGCCUGCUUGAGGAGGCGCUCACCCAUCAGUCCUUCGGUGACGGCUCCGUCUCGUACCAGCGGCUCGAGUUCGUCGGGGACGCGGCGCUCGGCAACGCCUUCUCCAAUUUCCUGUACCUGACCAACCCCACCAUCGGCCCAGGAGCGCUCUCCACACUCCGGUCUGCCAACAUCUCAACCGAGAAGCUAGCGCGCGUUGCCGUGCGCCACGACCUCUACCCGCUGCUCCGGCGCGCCUGUCCUCGGCUGGACCUGUUGGUAGGCCAGUUUAUUGAGUCAGUGAAACAAGAGCUAGAGGAUGACCUUGGCGCCGCACCUUAUGGUGGUAGUGUUGUCAAGGCUCCCAAGGUGCUCGCUGAUAUAGUUGAGGCCAUUGCAGCUGCUGUCUAUGUGGAUUGCAAAUUUGACCUUGAGAAGCUCUGGAAGGUUACGAGGUGGCUCUUUGAGCCUAUUAUCACGGCAGAAACAAUAGAUGAGCAACCUGUGUCUACAUUGCAUGAACUCUGCCAGAAACAUGGGAAGAUUCCACAGUUCAACAUUUGGCAGAAGGGUGGAACGACGGUGGCAAAUGUAUUUGUUAGUGGGGAACUUGUUGGGAUGGGCUCCUCAGAGCAGAGGACAAUUGCUAAGCUCAAUGCUGCGCGGAAUGCAUUAGGCAACCUUCUUGGUGGUGCCAAACAACAAGUGUUGACAACUGGGGUUGGACAUAUAUCCAGGGUUGAGGUUGGUGAACUUAGGGAAUGCAAGCAGAAACUUAAUGAGCAGUGCAGCCGGAAGCAUUGGCCAAAACCCAUCUUUAAGCUAGAGAAGGAAGAUGGCCCUGCACAUGAAAGGAAGUUCACCUACUCUGUUCAGGUAGAAACUGAUGGUGGUACAUUUGUCACAAUAGGUGAUCCGAUGUCAAAGGUAAAGGAUGCAGAGAAUUCUGGCGCGCAGAAGAUGUUGGAAGUUCUACUAAAGCUUUAGAAGUGUAAGAUCUUUUUGUUCUGCAUGGUCUGCUUUUGCAUAUUGGCAUUUGUUAUUGUGUUAGAAAGCCGCGUGUUCCUACUAGAAAAGGAGAAAUAAAGAGAAAAUUGAUUGACCAUUUUGCUUCUCCGGUACACUCAUCAAAAGAAUACAAUAUGCCAUGUUUCCCCUAGAUACCUCUCUCUUCUCCUACCUACUCCGUAUCUUCUCUGCCAUUAUCUUUACCAUUAUGCUUAGUAAUAGACCGGCCACUGCACUUGUUUUAACUUUGCCUUGUUCUGGACGCUUAACAACUAAGAGCGUGCUGAUUGCUCUGGAUCUGCAUGCCACGCAGAACAGGAGAGUCUUGUUGGGUUCCGAAGGGACCAGCAUGGGUGGGUUUGUUAGGUACUCUUUCAGUUUUUAGUAAGUUGCUUUCGCUUCGUCCGUCCACAUGAAGCCGUUAUGCUGUCUUAGCAGCUUGAAGCAGGGCAAACUGCUGUUUCCCAGCCGAGGAGAUGAUAUUGAUGAAGUAGUUUCAAUAGAAUUGACACAUGGCCCCACGGUGGGUGCCAGCUGUAGAUGAUCCAUCUGGGGUGGGUCUUUACUUCGAUCCUGCCAAAGAGUGCCUGAACGGUAUAGUCUGGGGGCAAUGAGAGGAUACCGUGUGGACUUCAGAGACACACAAACACCUAGUUUAUCCAGGUUUUGGCCAAGGGUGCCUAUGAGCUGUUAUUAGAUUUAUUAUAUCACAAUAUCGAUUUUGGAGGAGCUAAUUUAGUCUAAACUGGAUUUCCCCAAGUUGCUCCUUGUCGAUCUGAUCUGUCUUGGCUUCCCUACUGCUCAGGUCUGGCCUCUAGCAAGGGUCCUUGGUCCUUUAUAUAUGCAACCUGACGUGGACCUUAUGGUCAGGAACCUGUAUCCUAGUAUGAGCCAAGGGCAAUAGCAACUAGGGGAAUGAUUGCUUAAUCAGUUCAUACUGGUUCCUAUAAGGCAUAUUUAUUAUCUGCCCCAAGUCCUACCCUUGCAUGGCAAGGCGUUGUGCUGGAACCCUACAGGAUCUCGUAGACAUAUAUGGUCCUCAUAUGUUUAUCCAGUACUCGUCGACAACGACUUUUACCAAAUUAGUUGUAGAUACCGCUCAUAAAUGAAAAUGGCAUUGGCAGUCUUUAAAUGAUUAAUUUGCUUCUUCCUAUUUAUGAACCUACCAAAAACUCAAUCUUUAUAGAAAAUAAAAAACUCGGCCUUCUCAUGCACUUCUUUUUGGCCUCUCCCAAUGCUCUAAGGUGGAUUGUCACUUCGCCACGAACCUACCACAAACUCAAUCUUUAUAAAUAAAAAACUCGGCCUUCUCAUGCACAUCUUUUAGGCCUCUCCCAAUGCUCUAAGGUGGACUGUCACUUCGCCUUGCCACAUAGACAAAAAAUAAAAAUCAAACGUGGCACUGUAAUUAUAAAAUAGAGAUAUUAUUGUAUCCUAGAUACAACUUUUAUCACGAGACCCUAGGUAAAAUAUGAGAUGACACCAAUAUAAAAAAUACUACUACUCUUUACGAGGAGUAUAACUUAUUAAACAAAACUGCAACACUUUAAGAUUUUAUCAUACAUUCAAAAUGUUUUGUAGCCCAAACUGUCAGCGCGAUUUAGGAUUCGUCUUUAGCAGUGAGUUUGUCACGACGAAGAGUUCAAAACUAGAUGCCACUUAAUUAUGUUUCGACAACAAAAAAUCGAACGCUUUUCUUACGAGGCGAUAAUGCGCAAGUUACCAUCCUACUUUGGGAGAAUUUACCAUGUGGCAACUUUGUUUGUGCAUUUCCAAUAGUUUUUGUGUUAGCUUGUGGGUUAAAGUGUCCAUGUCAUCGAUCAACAAUACAUCACACAAGUCAUCUUAUAGUUGUAUUUUAGCUGUCCAAGAGGAGAUGAGAGAAUAUAAAUAUUUGCUCUCACAUCUCAUCUUGGAGCCUUUUCAUGCUUGUAUGUCAAUUCAAUUUUCAUACAAGUUUUGCUCUCUCUCAUCAUUUAAUCUCCGCCGCAUCAUGAAAAAGUCAUAUGUGACAAUUUUACCAACACCUAUCUUACAACUACUCCCUCCGAUCCUAAAUUCUUGACUCAAAUUUGCCCAAAUAUGGAUGUAUCUAUUCUUAAAAAGCGUCUAGAUACAUGUAAUAUUUCGACAACAAUUUAGGAUCGGAGGGAGUAUUACAGAUGGCCUUACUAAUACAAUGAUAACUGCAUAUAUUAUUGGAUAAUAACUUUAAUGCAUAAAGUUACCAUCCAAUUUUAUAUGAAGUUAUCAAGUGGUUACUUGGUAUCAAGUGGUAGUUACUUCAUAAGUUACUAGGUGGUAACUAUUAAGAUGAAAAAUAAAUCCUCGAAACAUUUGAAUAUCUUGUCAAAAGUCAAAACAAAACCAAUGGCGAAGACGAAUUGUAAAUAUAGUAUGUAACUUACGAGUUAAAAGAUCUUAUAGUUUGUUAUCGUUGGUGACAGACUAUCACAACUCUCAACCCUAAAUGGGGAGAAACUAACACGUUCUCAGCGCUCCACAAUGGCUUGGGCAUUUUUUUUUUGCCACGGGUCUUCUCUGGGUCAGGGCCUACUGUCAAUCAGUGGGCGGCUUGGGCGGUGCUGCGAGGCCUGCUGCCAGUUGGUGUUAACACAUGCUGAUAAGGCAGUCCGUUCUUCGUUUCUUCCACACUGUUCUCUACCGAUCUGGUUUCGCUAUUCCUUCCUCUUCUGAUCCUGUCACUCUUUGCCUAUACAAGGGUUCGUCCAUGCAGCAGGGGGCAUAAUGGCCGGGGUUAUUGGUGGUGGUGUUACGGUGGCAGCCAUGGCUGGUGUUUUUCUAGGGUGUAUUCCCCUGUGGUUUCAGUCAAUUCAUCUCUUCCUGUGACUGAUUUGGUGGCGUUUGGUGGCGGUUUGGAGUGUGUUCUCCUACUGUUCUCUGAUCCGGAAGCGGUUCUUCUUCUUCCUCCUGAUCCCGUUCCUUCUUAUAGCUCGGCCGCCGAUUGGGGGACGUGUUUUCGCUAGGGUUUUUGUUGGCGGUGGCGUUUUGGUGGCGGCGGUUCCAGUCGCUGGUUCAUUAUUAUGGACGGAUUUGGGGAUCUGGGUGACCUGCGGUUUUCUGCUGAGCUCAGCCGGUAGGAGGAAGCUGGGCUGGGACACGGAGAUGCUCGCAGACAGGGAUUAAUUCGAAGAAAGUACCGGCCGGAGCAUGGAGGGGCCAUCACCGGCUGACCCCCGGGAUUUUCUUGAAGGCGAGGAGGAGAUCCAUGUCAGAUACAACCCGACCAAGGCACAUUUCUUUCUGCCUGAGUUUGAAGCAUAGGAAUGACACGACAAAAUAAGGCGGUUGCCCGUCAAAUUUAUUGGUUCCUUUGUGGUUUCUAAUUGAGAGAUACAAAUGGAGAUGCAUGGGUGACCUGAAUUCUGGACAAUAAUCCACUUGGAUCAAUAUUUGUAGAAUCAUCUACUUUCUUAGUGAUAUAGUGUUAUUUGAAAAUAUUGGCAAUUGUUCUUAUCAUUAUGCUCCAAGACCUGUUGGCUGAGUUUUGUACCUCCAGGACUAUUAAUUACGCUUGGAAAAUAGAUAAGUAUCCCUCCGUCCCAUAUCAAGUGACUCAAAUUUGUCUAAAUAUGGAUGUGUCUAUGUACUAAAAUACGUUUAGAUAAUUGUAAUAGAAAGUCACUUAAUAUGGUACGGAGAGAGUACAUAUUAUAUAUCAUUAUCUUUCUAGCUAUGCAUGAGGAAUUAAAGCCAAAUUAGGUUGAUA